AUGAAGAAGGGGGGUUUAAGUAGUUCGUCUAGUGCUGCGGCAGAAUCUAAAGGGAAGUCAGCAAAGGAAUCACCAUCUACUGCCGCAAAAGGAUCUAAAGGCAAGAGCGUCGCCAGUUCAUCAAGCUCUGUCGCGUCAGAAAGUGGACUGACUGCGGCUGAACUCAAGCGUCAGCUGUUUGGAUCAUGGACUGGGAAGACGCCACAAGUCUUACUCAACGAGUAUUGUCAGAAAAGGCAGUGGUCGAAACCUGACAUAAACUGUAAUCUCGCCAAAGCUGGUGCAGGAUGGAAGUGCAGCGUCACAUUAGUAAAAGUCGACCCCAAGACUAAAGCUAAACAAAUCAUCAAAUGGGACGUGCCAGUGUUGCAAGUUGAGCAGGAUCAAGAGGCCAAACACUUUGCUUCUACGUAUGCUCUGCAUAGAUUAUGCUCUGGGACGUCGUACCAUAGGUUACUUCCACCAAACCAUCGUGAUUACUGGCUUGACGUGCUUGAGCCGAUACGUGCUAGUGUACGCGCGGAUGAAGCUCGAUAUCAGUAUGCCGCAGAUCCGUUUGCAUCUAUAGAGUGGAGAGCCAAAGAUGAAGCUGAUGCUGCCAAACUGGUUUUAGAAAAGGAAAGAGAUCAGGCAAUGAAGGCCAAACAGGAAGAGGAGGAAUUUCCUGCUGUAGUGCUUGGUCAGCAAGUCAGAGCUGCUAUAGAAGAGCUUAUUAAACAGAAUUUAUCUACUGCUCCUGCUAAUACCAGUAAUCCUACUGCCUCGUCGGAUAUCGACGCGGAAGUAGCUACCAAACUGUUAAAAAUGGGUUUCCGCAAAGCUCAUGUAGACGAAGCAUUGACCUACGAAAGCGAGUUUGAAGACGCUCGUAACUGGCUUACUAGUAAUGUGCCUGAAGAUGACCUGCCACCUGGCAUUUUACCUCCCAUAUCCGAAUUCAGUGUGGGGAGAAACACUGAAGAUGCUUAUGUAGAGGAACAGGCAUAUAAACGCAUCCAUGCACUUGGAUUUGAUAUGUCCAAAGUCAAGAGUGUGUAUAGAGCUUGUAAAAGGGACGAGAUCUUGACUUUAGAAAGGCUAUGUUUGGAAUUGUGUGGUAAUCCAUCAUUACCAAACUCACAACCAACUGAAUCCGAGGCUCUAAUAGUUUUCAAAGAAGAAUCAGAAGCUCUAGGAUCCAUUUACGCUGACUCUUUCCGCUCGAAUUCUGAAACAACAUUCGAAGUAUCGUUGACAUCACCUUCUAUAUCUGAUGGCAGUCUUGCCUUUUACUUGAACACGUCCUCCACGUACCCACAUCAUCCGAUAAUAGUCGUUUUGCAAUGUCCCUCGUUGCCUGCUUAUAUAAGAUUGUCGUGUACGAAAAAGCUGAUGGAAAAGUCUAUUGAACUGGCUGCAUCUGGUGAGCCGGCUGCUUUUGCCCUUGUGGAGAAUGCUCAAGAGAAUUGGAAUGAGUGGGUUGAGAACCCACCACUUCUCAUGUCUCUGGUAUCCAAUGCUCCACCACAUAAGCCUCAGAAGGCUGUAGAAUCACAUACGCCUGCCGCAAAACUAGACAAGGUGUCUAGAAAAACACGAAAAUCAACCCAGUCUGAUGAAGAAAUACGUGAUGCCUUACUCGCACAAGAGUCAACUGCACCAUAUCAGAAAAUGCUAUCGGCAAGAGCAACACUACCGGCCCAUAAAAACCGUCAGGAUAUCAUAACUGCAGUGAAGUCGUCUCAAGUAGUCAUAUGUGGUGAAACAGGAUGUGGUAAAUCAACACAAAUCCCGCAAAUUUUAUAUGAAGAGGCUGUGCGAUCAUUAAACGGUUCCAAGUUUUCGUUAAUAUGUACUCAGCCAAGGAGAAUAUCUGCAAUGGCGUUGGCUGAACGAACGUCAGCUGAACGUUGUGAAGAUGUUGGUAGGACUGUUGGAUAUGCGAUUCGUGGUGAACGACGUGCAUCCCAGGCAACACGGAUUUUGUUUUGUACAGUCGGGAUUGUUGUGAGGAUGGUGUCGACCUCAGAAGGUGAUGGUCUGGAGGACGUUAGCGUGAUCGUUAUUGAUGAGGUCCAUGAACGUGGAGUUGAAAGUGAUUUUAUGCUCAUCGCAUUGAAAGAAUUAUUACCGAAACGACCUGACCUUAAAGUGAUUCUGAUGUCUGCUACCGUGCAAAGUGACUCCUUUUCAAAGUAUUUUGGUGGUGCUCCUGUGCUCAAUAUUCCAGGUCGAACAUUUCCUGUGGAUGAUGUGUACUUGGAAGAUCUACUUGUCAGCAUACCGCCCACAACAUGGCCAAAUCCUCCUCGACGAUCCAACAACAAGGGAUCACCAAAUGACUUCAAGCUCUAUACUGACAGGAUAGAACGUCUUGAUGAUUCCAACUUUAAAAUCGAUUAUGAUCUGAUUGCUGCUACAGUCAGGCACAUUUGUACCAAUAUGCCAUCUGGUGCUAUUUUGAUAUUCUUGCCUGGUGUCAUGGAGAUUCAGAGGUGCAUGUAUGUCAUCAAGGAUUUAAGUGAUAUUGGUAGCACGGAAGUAUAUCCGUUGCAUGCUAAUCUCUCAUCGAGAGAGCAGAGCCAAGUGUUUCGAAGGGUGCCAAAACAUGUUAGAAAGAUUGUUGUUAGUACGAAUGUUGCUGAGACGAGUCUUACUAUUGACGAUGUCGUGUACGUUAUUGAUGCGUGCAAGCAAAGGCGUGGGCGUGCAGGUCGAACUCAAAAGGGCAUAUGCUACAAGCUAGUGACUCGUAAAAUGGAGGAUGAAAUGUUGCCUGCAGAAGCUGUAGCCGAAAUUCAACGCAAAUCACUCGACCAACUAUGUUUAAAUGUACUGGCGAUGGGUAUCCGAGACGUCUCUGGUUUCCUAUCAAAAGCACUUGACCCACCUCAAACAGAAAACAUUGAGUUUGCCAUGAAGACUCUAUUGCAAGUUGGAGCAGUAGAUGAUUCUGGAGGCUUGUCACCGCUGGGAGAACAUUUGGCCAAGAUACCGACUGAUUUACGUAUUGGGAAGAUUCUGUUGUUUGGAGCGAUGUUUCAAUGUUUGGAACCAAUCUUGACUGUUUGUGCCGUGUUGUCUCACAAGUCUCCAUGGGUGCAGCCGUCUGAUAAGCGUGAUGAGGCUAAAGCUGCGCGAGAAAAGUUUGCUACAGAAAGAUCAGAUUCGUUGACUGAUGUUCGAGCAUAUGAGGCAUGGGUAGAAGCAUCAUGGAAAUCGAGAAGGGAUGAACUGGACUUCUGUGAAUCGAAUUUUUUGUCGAAAUCAGCACUAGCCACCAUCGCAGACUACCGCAAACAAUACUAUCAGACACUAUCUGAACUUGGCUUUAUACAUGGAGAUACAGCCAACGUCAAUAGCUCCAAACCACGAAUAGUAAAAGCUGCGUUACUGGCUGGCCUAUAUCCCAGAUUCGCAAUCAUCAAACUGCCGCAGACCACCUAUGCCGAAACGUCUGUUGGGACAUUCAAAGUCGAUGCUGAUCCUAAAUCUAUCACGUUUUGUACACAGGAGGAUGGGCAAGUGGCGAUACAUCCAUCAUCAGUAAAUUAUGGAUCUGGAAGCUUUGUUGGGACACCGCUAUUGCUGUACCAUCAAAAAGUACACACUUCAGCCAUCUUCUUACGAGACACCACAGCUGUAUCGGCAUGGCCACUGUUGCUGCUGAAUGGUCGACUUGACAUGCAAAUGUCAAAUAAUGUUGUUAUAGUGGAUGGUUGGGUCUCGAUUAGAGCUUUCCCUCGCAUUGCGGUUUUGGUGGAAGGAGUAAGAAAACUGCUAUCUCAGCUUCUUGAUGAGAAGAUCAAGAACCCAAAGCUAGACAUUUCUGAGUCUGAAGUAGUUCGCAUCAUGCUCAGGAUCAUUGAGCGUGAAGGCAUGUAG